CUACUCUACGAAGUAAAUUGCGGACAACCUUUAAAACUCCGUUGGGGAGAAAUGGUCGCCUGUUUGAAAUGGGAGUGGUGAGGCUAACACACUUCUAUGGAAUGACAAGGAGUAUUUCCAGUGUUUGGACAAUUUAAUAAUCUAUUUAUCGAUUUUGUACAGUGUUGUUCUGGUUUUGCUUUUCCACCUUUGUUCUCGGACCCUACAGUUACAUAGCAAAUUUUGGAUAAGAGCAAAACGUUUAUAAGCAACGCAUACUGAGACGCGUGUAAAAUGUACGGUCGCACCAAACUAAUGAUUUAUCUUCCGGCGAUUUUUGCCUUAGCCGUUUGUGUGAUGAAUACUAGUGCGGAGGACAUAUACACAGACUGCUCUGAACAAGGAAAUGUCAUCAGCGUAACGCUGAAGGAUUGCAGUGCACCACCUUGCAACGCACAGGGAGGCACGACUAUUCCCCUCGCGAUCACAUUCAAAUCAUAUGGAAAUGUUACUUCAGGGAAGGCCAGGAUGUGCAUGAAGGUAUCAGGAAAAGAGAAAUGUCAUAAAGAAGUGGCCGAAAUAGAUAAUUUUUGCGAUUCAACGCUAGAUCGGUGUCCUCUCAAAACGGGGGACGUGCAGACAUAUACAACCAAUUUUCCUUUUCCUGAUUUGGCCCUGCUUACAAUUGCCACUUACGAAUUGUUGGAUCAGAAUUGCCAGCAGAUCACUUGUGUGGAAAUUCCAAUUCGCAUAAUCUCGGAAAACACUGAUGAUACAAAGUUCCCAAGUGCAAGUGCUAAUGCACCCUGUUCAAAAUUAAGAAACACAAUUUGA